CACAAGCUGAGGGAGAACUAGGAAAGCUAGGGUUUCCCGGAGGCCGGAGGGGUAGAAAUGGCAACUCCAGGAAGCAAAGUAACGGGGUCGAAGAUAGAUGACAAGAAUCUGGUAUCCAGCGCGGGAAGCAGCGGAGACGGCGGCGAUGAAGCUACUCCGCCAACACCACCUUGGCUUCCGCUGGUACCUGCACCGUCGCCCUCUCAUCCUUUGGAGCAGCCCACCUCAACGCCCCCGCUUCAGCCGAAUGAAGGAUCAGAUAAUAAGGAUUUGGGGGGAAGAAAAGAUGAUGGUGAUUGUGAUUGGGAGAUGGAAGAUGUGGAAAUUGUAGAUGAUGAGGAUCGAGAAGGCGAGAAGGUCACAGCCUCAUCCGAUAGCAAAUUCUUCUGUACAUUGUUCAUGAGUGGUGGAAGAAACAUCCCACAUUAUAUUUUUCGGUAUGACUCGGCGCCACUCAACAAGCACGAAUAUUUCUCACUGCGGAAAAACUGGAACCAGCUGCUGGAUGGCAAGAGAACAUACCUCCGACCAUGCAGGGACCGCCCUGUGCUAAAAAAUGUUUUCAGGCAUCCAGAUGCUCCUAAAAAAACAUUAGGAUGUCAGAAACCACUAUUGGAAUUGGUUCAUGAAUCUCCUAAUGAGUACAUCAUUGCGGAGAAGAUCAAGAUUCUCAGUCAGCAUUAUGUGCUCUUCCGAAGAACUCGCAGGGAUGGCAGCUGUUUUUACAGAGCUUUGUUGUUCUCCUACUUGGAGAACCUUGGACAAAUGCAAGAUAGUCUAGCCGAGGUUACUCGUCUAAUGGAAUGUGUGGAAAUGUCUAGAGAGAAAUUCUCUCGUCUUAAAUGGGAUAAAGCAUACUUCUUAAAUCCUCAAGAAUACUUGUCAAGUGUUGUUUCUGAGUUCUAUCAUUUGAUCAACUCAGUUGCAAAUGGCCUGAGUUCUGACCAGCUGUACGAGAAAAGCCUGGAGGAGAUUAUGUCAUUGAGGAUUCUUUCUUUCCUUAGGUUGCUGACAGAGAUUGAGAUGCGUACACAAGAGGUCUACAAGUCAUUUAUCCCUGAAGAAAUGAAUGUCCUCCAGUUCUGUUUGGAAGAGGUGCGUCCCCUCGAUGCUGAAGCCUUGGUUAUACAAAUGAGGGCUCUAACACGUGCACUUGGUAUCCCAUUGCGUCUGGAAGUUGUUGACAAAAAUUUGUUGGGUCGAGCUGUGCAAGUAAAGUGCUUAGAUUUCUUCCAUCUGUCAGAAUCAGGGAAGGGGCCUCUCCAAUUAACUGAAAGCUACCAUUCCUCGAGCACAGUUCGUAAACCACUGGAGCGAGGAGGAAGUGACGGCUUGUUAUCAUCUGAUGGCACGCCCUUGCUGACCUUGCUGAGAAGGCGUGGCCACUGUGACAUUCUUUACCCCCAAGUGAACAAACAUUGCUAGGAUGCUCAAUUGGUCAAACUCCCUGGAUGAUGACAUGGAAAUAUACUGAUAGUCCUAUACGUAGGGUUAUUUUUGCAUCUGCUCACAAGCUAGCAAAAGAUAGAGUUUGCUUGACUCUCUAAAAUAUGAUGUUACUGAAUUUAAGGAGAAGUCUUAACUAGGGAAAUUUUAGCUGAAGUUUUGCUCCUUGGUUCUUUGGUUCCUUUUUUUUACGAACAAUGGUUUUGUUGUUCCUACUGAUGCUGUUCUUAGUUACGGAGUACUUCUGUAUCGGAGGGAAGCUACAGAACUUGUGCAGAAUUAUUUGGUUGUUCCUUUAUCACCUGAAGGCUCGCCUUGGAGUUGAGAUGGAUCAUAAGAGGCCUCAAAAAAAAAAAAAGAGAUCGAUCAUACGACUUGAAG